UUAUUGUUCGUGUAUUUUUUUUUUUAUCUUUCAGGAUCUGUUAAAUUUACUGUAGAAAAUGUGUUAAUUUUCUAAAGGUUGGAGAAACUAGUUUUCUAAAACUGACAUUAAGCAAAUAUUUUAAUGUUUGUAAGAAAUGAUUUUUUGAAUGCGUUUAAUUUCUUGUGAUGUUAAACUUACGGUAUUAAUAAAAACGAUGAUUAAAUAUGAAUAAACUGUAGACAUUUGCUCUUUGUGUUUAGGAGAUUUUUUUUUUUUCGUGGUGCACUUGCGCCCUCUGGUGGACCCUUUAGAAACACACACCCAUGUCAUGUGAUCCCGGUCAGCUGAUCAAAGCGGAAGUCUGGACGGUAUCAUCCUGCGUGUUGGUCAGUGAGCUAUGGUUCGGUGUUUCCUGAUCCACACCGUCUGCCCCGUCAGCGCGCUGUCUGCCGGGGAGAGUCGGCUGCUCUACUCCCGAAUGUUCGGUCCAGACGAGGCGGUUCUAACCGAACAGCACCGAGAGCUCAGCCCGGAAGAGAGAAGGCUCCUGCGGAAGGAGAAGCUGGCCGUGGUGGCCAGGCAGGUCCGGAGUGCCGUCUCUCUGACCCGGGAGGCCGCGGGUCGGGCGCUGGUGGAGGCGGUGCCAGGGGAGGAGGCGCUGGUGCUGCAGGAGGCCGACAGCGGAGUGAUGCGGCUGCGAGCGGGAGACCCGUUCAAUGAGGAGGGCAGCGCCGUGUGGCUCGCCGUCCACAGCCUGGCCUUCACGCUGGUCUGCGAGCCCCACGAGAACCUGCUGCUGGCUGAAGGGAGUCUGCGCAGCCUGAGCCGCCACUGCCUGGAGGACCUGCACCUGCUGGGCCAGGGCAGCGAGGUCCUGCUGAAGAGCAGCCGCGUGGACGUUCUGCUCAGCCGGCUUCUUCCUCACGGCCAGCUCCUCUUCCUCAACCACCGCUUCGCCCAGAGUCUGGAGAAAGAAGUAGCAGGGUACAUGAGCAAAUGAUGGUCUCCAGGAGGGGAACCUCGUCUUCCUCCAGGUGGAGCUCCAUCACUCCUUUACCUUCAGGAUGCUGGAGAGCUGAUUGCUGGAGCUCCCGUGAUGGGUCAACACAAAGUGGAAAAUGUUGAGUGUGUGGGAGGCUGUUUGUCAAAUUGAAGAGUGGAGAGCAAAUCGCCGCCGAUUAAAGCGUGUGAGCGGGGAGGCCAGUUAGGACUCGCUUGUCAGGAUCAAAGUCGGCUAUUUAUCUGAUUCACCAAACUCUAAAUGUCACAGCGCGGCCUUGAGAAGCUGCUCUGACCUGCCUUUUGUCUGCUUUUUGGCACUUCCUGGUAGCUUUAAUGAAUGUCAUGAGUCUGAUCGCUCUCCAACAGAGCCGAAAGAGAAAAAAAA